GCUGGUGGCUGAACGCACGUCCCCGCCCUCCCCCUAUGGCCUUCCCCCUAUGGCCUUCCCUUUGUGUUGUAGAGGACAAGGCCUGUUCGGCAGCCCCGCGCUGCUGGAGGCGAGGAAGCCAUCCGGGGGGGAGGAGAAAGGAGGGGGGUGAAGAAGAGAAAAGAAAGACGAACGUCUGUGUGGGUGUGGUGGUUGGUUGGUUGGUUGGACGGAGUCAGUAUGGUGCUUCUGAGGACGUUUGAACGGGUUCGCUCUGCGGAUGAAAUGAAUCAUGAGUUUCAAGCUCUUGCACUAGAAUCUCGGGGAAUGGGAGAGCUGCUACCUGCCAAAAAAUUUUGGGAACCAGAUGAUCCAGCAAAGGAUGGACAAAAAGGCAUAUUCCUUGGUGAUGAAUGGAGAGAAACUGCCUGGGGAGCAUCUCAUCACUCUAUGUCACAGCCUAUUAUGGUUCAGAGAAAGUCUGGGCAUGUUUUUCAUGGAAACAGUGAAGUGAAUGCUGUCUUAUCGCCUCGAUCAGAGAGUGGUGGCCUUGGCGUGAGCAUGGUAGAAUAUGUGUUAAGUUCUUCUCCAGCAGAUAAAUUGGACUCCCGAUUUAGGAAAGGAGCUUUUGGCACCAGAGAAGCUGAAACAGAUGGACCUGAGAAAGACCAGAAAGGCAAAGCUUCGCCAUUUGAGGAGGACAAAAACAGAGAUCUUAAACAAGACGAUGAUGAUGUUACUAAAAUAAAUGGCAGAGGUUUGCCAAAUGGAAUGGAUGCUGACUGCAAAGAUUUUAACAGUCGUACUCCUGGAAGUCGGCAAGCCUCCCCAACUGAAGUAACUGAGCGCCUGGGGCCUAACCCAAGCACUGCUGAAGGAUUGGCUUCCCUUCCUAAUCCUGCAACCCACAAGCCACUAGUGGAAGAAUUUUCAAAUUCUGAAUCUCAGAAUUUGGAUGCUAUGGAACAAGUGGGUCUUGAUUCUCUGCAGUUUGAUUAUCCUGGAAAUCAGGUACAAAUGGACUCUUCAGGAGCUACUGUGGGACUCUUUGAUUACAAUUCCCAGCAGCAGCUUUUUCAGAGGACUAACCCUCUCACUGUCCAGCAGUUAACAGCAGCUCAGCAACAACAGUAUGCGCUGGCAGCAGCACAGCAACCACACAUAGCAGGUGUGUUUUCGGCAGGCUUGGCUCCAGCUGCUUUUGUGCCAAACCCAUACAUUAUCAGUGCUGCUCCACCAGGUGCUGACCCAUACACAGCAGCGGGUUUAGCUGCAGCAGCUACAUUAGCAGGGCCAGCAGUGGUUCCUCCUCAAUAUUAUGGAGUUCCUUGGGGAGUGUACCCAGCCAACUUAUUUCAGCAACAAGCAGCAGCUGCAGCAAACAACACAGCCAAUCAGCAGACUGCAUCACAGGCACAACAAGGACAGCAGCAGGCUUCAGCUGGGUUCAGUGUUGCAAGCCAGCCUGUCAAAGCAACAAAACCAGCAACAACCCCCCACCCACUAAAACGAAGCAGCAAAGCCCAAACUGAGAAAGGAACAGAGAACCAGGUAUGGGACCAAGCUGUGAGGGUAACUCCUGCUCAAACCUUCCUGCUUAAAACAAGUGCUGGCUCUGAAGUUGGGAAUGCCCCUGCUGUUGACUCACACCCACCUCACCUCUACUUUCAGGUUCUUCGUACUGGAGGAAGUCAGCGUCCUCUUACUCCCAAUCAGGGUCAGCAAGGGCAGCAGGCAGAGUCACUUGCAGCAGCUGCGGCAGCAAAUCCAACUUUGGCUUUUGGUCAGGGUCUUGCCACAGGCAUGCCAGGCUAUCAAGUCCUAGCCCCCACUGCCUAUUAUGAUCAGACAGGUGCAUUGGUGGUAGGUCCUGGGGCCAGAACUGGACUUGGAGCACCUGUCAGAUUGGUGGCUUCAACACCUGUUAUCAUCAGUUCUGCAGCUGCCCAAGCAGCUGCAGCAGCUUCAGCUGGAGGAACAGCAAACAACCUCACAGGAGCCACAAAUGGGCUUUUUCGGCCCCUUGGUGCCCAGCAGCAGCAGCAGCAGCAGCAGCAGCAAACAAACAAUAGUCUACAGUCUAAUUCUUUUUAUGGCAACAAUACUUUGACCAAUAACUCCCAGAGCAGUUCACUUUUUUCACAUGGACCUGGCCAACCAGGAAGCACAUCCCUUGGCUUUGGAAGCAGUAGCUCCUUAGGAGCUGCUAUUGGCUCUGCACUUGGUGGAUUUGGCGCAUCUGUUGGCAGUUCUGCAAGUAGUAGUGCCACAAGGAGAGAGUCUCUAUCUACUAGUUCUGACUUGUACAAAAGAUCUAGUAGCAGCCUAGCACCCAUAGGGCAGCCAUUUUACAAUAGUCUGGGAUUUUCCUCCUCUCCAAGCCCAAUAGGCAUGCCUCUGCCAAGCCAAACUCCAGGACAUUCACUUACGCCACCGCCAUCACUUUCAUCACAUGGAUCCUCAUCCAGUUUGCAUUUAGGAGGACUGACCAACGGUAGUGGUCGCUAUAUCUCUGCAGCACCUGGAGCAGAAGCAAAGUAUCGCAGUGCAGCAAGCACCUCCAGCCUUUUUAGCUCCAGUAGCCAGUUGUUUCCUCCCUCACGUCUCCGUUACAGUAGGUCUGACAUUAUGCCUUCUGGACGUAGUAGGUUACUGGAAGAUUUCCGAAACAAUCGCUUCCCUAAUCUUCAACUAAGAGACCUAGUUGGACACAUAGUUGAGUUCUCACGGGACCAGCAUGGCUCUAGAUUUAUACAACAGAAACUUGAAAGGGCUACUCCAGCUGAGCGUCAGAUGGUAUUUAGUGAGAUUCUUCAAGCAGCAUAUCAGCUGAUGACAGAUGUGUUUGGAAAUUAUGUAAUACAGAAGUUCUUUGAGUUUGGAAGCAUUGACCAGAAGUUAGCACUUGCAACGCGCAUUCGUGGACAUGUUCUCCCAUUAGCUCUACAGAUGUAUGGUUGUCGUGUCAUUCAGAAAGCACUCGAAUCUAUCUCCCCAGACCAGCAGGUAAUUAAUGAAAUGGUGAAGGAGCUGGAUGGUCAUGUCCUGAAAUGUGUGAAGGAUCAAAAUGGAAACCAUGUAGUACAAAAGUGUAUUGAAUGUGUCCAGCCCCAGUCACUCCAAUUUAUUAUUGAUGCUUUCAAAGGACAGGUGUUUGUGCUUUCAACUCAUCCUUAUGGCUGCAGAGUAAUUCAACGUAUUCUGGAGCACUGCACUGCUGAACAGACACUUCCCAUUUUAGAAGAACUACAUCAACAUACAGAACAGCUUGUGCAGGAUCAAUAUGGAAACUAUGUUAUCCAACAUGUGCUGGAACAUGGUCGUCCUGAAGACAAGAGUAAAAUUGUGUCAGAAAUCAGAGGAAAAGUUUUAACUCUAAGUCAGCAUAAAUUUGCCAGCAAUGUGGUAGAAAAAUGUGUAACUCAUGCAUCUCGUGCUGAAAGAGCUUUGCUUAUUGAUGAAGUGUGUUGCCAGAAUGAUGGUCCUCACAGUGCCUUAUACACCAUGAUGAAGGACCAGUAUGCAAACUAUGUUGUUCAGAAGAUGAUUGACAUGGCUGAACCUGCUCAGCGAAAGAUUAUAAUGCACAAGAUUCGGCCUCAUAUUACAACCCUGCGUAAAUAUACCUAUGGCAAACAUAUCCUUGCCAAGCUGGAAAAGUAUUACCUGAAGAACAGUGCUGAUCUGGGGCCAGUUGGAGGGCCACCAAAUGGAAUGCUUUAAGGACACAUUCAAAAAAUCUAGAAGAUAACUUUUAUUGUGAAUUAUCAAAACAUACAACUUAACUAAAAUGUUGUGAUUUUUUUAUUAAAAAAACCCCUAUUUAUUGACUCUUCAUCCAUUUGUAAAAAUUUUAUUCAUGUGUAUAUUUGGGGGGAAUGAAUUGCAACAUAUUGCCAUUUCUUAUCAAAGACCUAUCAGAUUGCAUGGCUCACAAAGCACAGAAUGCCUGUAAAUGAUGUAACUAUCAGAAUAGCUCUCACAUUUUGUAAAUUUUUACCUUGUAAAGUCACUGAAUAAAAUAGUUUUUAAAGGGAAAAAGUACAGUAUUCUUUUAAUAUACUGGCUUACAAUCUGGUAGGUUUACUCAACAUCACAGCACAACAUGUUUAUAUAAUUGUAUAUAGCAAUUAGUUUCAUUUUUCCCCUUUGUGUGGAAUUCUUUUUUUAUAACAGAUGAAAAUAGAGAAUUGCAUAAUUAUUAUUUAACAUAUUACAGAAAGUUAAGUUCUGUAUUUUGGUGGUUCACAAUUUUAUAACCCAAAUAGCAAUCAGGGCACUGAAAAUAUCAGUAAGGAAUGAUAAAAUGUGAACAUUGGGGAAUGGUUUCUAAAUUUUUACUUUGGAAACAAUUUUUUAAAAAUAUAGUGCCCUUUUCUUUAGCAAUGUAUAAAAGCCAUGUAUAUACUUAAAUAUUUAAUUGAUGUGCAAGAUAGGGGAAUAAAAUCAAGGUGGUACUUUGGUCCAGCAAUGUACUGUCCAGGAAGAGAGUAAAUCUGCAUUAAACUUAAUAAGCAGUCAGUUGGCAUAAGAAAUGUUCUUGCUUCGCAUAUACAAUUGUAAGACAAGAUUUGAAAGUGUUGAGCAUAUAUGCCUUGUGUUCUCACAAAUAGAUGCAAACUGUAGGCGGCUACUGAAGGAGGAAAGGGCCUACUUAAACUUGAUAGCUCAACAUCUAAAGCAUGAUUAAAUACUCAAAUAGCUUUUUGCUUCCUUAUAUAUAAAAGCAUUGUAUAAGUAUAGUUAAUAGAUGUAAGUUUACCAUUUGUAAACAAAUUUCUCGUUUUCAAUGUUUUACAAGCCUUGCUAAUUGAGUAGUGAUGCUUACCUUGGUUGUACAGAUGUACAUUUGUAAACCUUCAUGCUGUAAAUGUAAUAUUUGUUUUACCCCUUUUGGGAAGAAAAUUUGCAUUUUAGUGUAUAUUCAUAUCCCUGUCCCUUUUUGCUUGACAUAGUGUUGUAUAAUGUAAAUUUAUUUCAGCAAAUCAAGACUGAUUUUUUUUAAAAAAAAUUCUAUCUUUAUAUGGUUUCAGAAAUAUGAACCAGGUUUCUUUUAUCUGUUAUGAGGAACUUUUUUUUUAACAAAACUAUUCUGUUAAUAUGGACAUUUGGCGAACUUAAUCACUUUAAACAUUAAUGAUAAUAAAGACAAAUUAAUGGACUGAAAUACUGACCAUACAAACCAGUGCUUCUUCCGUCUUAAAUGUGGCACAAUUUGUUUUUGUACAGAAGAGUACUGUAUUUUUGAACAGCUUACUUCAACCUAAAGCAAAUAUGUAUGAUAAUAUCAAUUUUUCUCUGAACAUGACGCUGUAACAGUAAGAUAAAGGUGUACAUUUACAAGCGGCCUUAUGUACAUUUCCCAGUUUCCUUUUUAAGGCAGAAUUGUGACCAUAUGUGUAUAAUUAAAAUCCUUUUUAAUCCUUUGCCUAUGAAAA